GCGUCGGGCUCUCGGGGCGAAUCCUCCGCCAUCUCGGCCUUGGGAGCGCUGGCGUCGCGGUCCCGGCAUCUGAGCUCGAAGGGCCAUGGGUCCUCAUCACAAGCGGCCGUGCUCUGUGUGGAGGAGCGGGGGCGCGUCCGACUUAGAGCCCGGGGGCGCGCAGGCCUCUGCAGGCCGCGGAACAGCGUGAGGGGCGGGCAUGGGUGACCGGGCCGGCGGAGGUGCUCGGAUCAGACCGGGACGCCCGAGGCUUGGCUUCUGCGUGGAGGGGCAGCCUAGGCCCGGGUGAGAGUGCUGAGAUGAGCGCCGGGUGGAGGCUCAGUGCUGUCCCUUGGGCUGCUCGGGACGUGGGUGACCUGUGAAGAUGGUUCGCUACUCCCUUGACCCAGAAAACCCCACGAAAUCAUGCAAGUCAAGAGGCUCAAACCUUCGUGUUCACUUUAAGAACACCCGGGAAACUGCCCAGGCCAUCAAGGGUAUGCAUAUCCGCAAAGCCACCAAGUAUCUGAAGGAUGUCACUUUAAAGAAGCAGUGUGUGCCAUUCCGGCGGUAUAAUGGUGGAGUUGGUAGGUGCGCCCAGGCCAAACAGUGGGGCUGGACACAGGGACGGUGGCCAAAAAAGAGUGCUGAAUUUUUGCUGCACAUGCUUAAAAAUGCAGAGAGUAAUGCUGAACUUAAGGGUUUGGAUGUAGACUCUCUGGUCAUUGAACACAUCCAGGUGAACAAGGCUCCUAAGAUGCGCAGACGGACCUACAGAGCUCACGGCCGGAUUAACCCAUACAUGAGCUCCCCCUGCCACAUCGAGAUGAUCCUCACUGAGAAGGAACAGAUUGUUCCAAAGCCAGAAGAGGAGGUUGCACAGAAGAAAAAGAUAUCCCAGAAGAAAUUGAAGAAACAAAAGCUCAUGGCACGGGAAUAAAUUCAGCAUAAAUAAAUGCGGAUAAAGUAAA